AUGGAAUCCCAGCAGUUAGAAAGAGAAUUUACUGCCUCUGAGGUUGCAAACGAAUUUGUGAACCAGUAUUACUGUGUUCUAAAUAACUGUCCCGAAAAGCUAUAUCACUUUUACAAAGAUUGCAGCACUAUCACGCGCCCUGAAACCAACGGUCAAUUGGGGCAUGUAAAAGCCCUAGAAGCUAUAAAAAACAACAUAGUGUCCCUGCACAAUGAGGGAAAUGAGUUUAAAAUAGGAACUGUGGAUUCUCAAGAAGCUUUUAACGAAUCUUUUAUCAUCCUGGUAACUGGGGCUAUAUUAGGGCACGACAGUGUCGAAAGAAAAUUUACCCAGUCUUUCUUCUUAGCACCACAGGAGAGAGGCUUUUUUAUUUUCAACGAUGCAUUUCGGUAUUUGGAAGAACCCCAUGAAUAUUUAGAAGAAAAAACUAUGUUGGCAAAUGGUUUUUUUGAUAAGCCUUUGCAGGAAGAGUCUUCUUUGAUUCUCUCUUUCUGUAUCUUAGCAGAGCAAGUUCCUGCACAAGAAAUACAAGGAUUUGAAUCACAGCCGUCUAAAUUGGAAAAGAAACAAGCUACUGAAACUGUCAAGAAUGAGCAACAGAUGAAGGCUAUUGAGAGAACUAUUCCACAACCAGAAGAAAAACCAAAAAGGAGUUUUCUAUCAGUUCUUAUGAAUGAGAACCCGCGUCCUAUUCAAAGGCCAACUGUUGUGGUGAAAUUUCCAAUAAAUAAUGGAGUGAAAGGAAAUGUAUCUUCAACAUCACAAUCCUUGGAUCCUAAUUCUACUGACAUAUCUGGAAAAGCCCCAGUCAAUGAGAAAUCAAUAUAUAUUAGAAGUUUGCCAUGGAAUGUUACAAUUACUUUGCUUGAAGAAGAGUUUAAAAAAUAUGGUUCUAUAAAGCCUGGUGGAAUUCAAAUUAGAACCAACAAGGAAAAAAGCUUUUGCUAUGGUUUCAUUGAGUUCCUAUCAUCAACUUCUGUGGAGAGUGCUAUAAAGGCAUCUCCUAUUGUCAUCUCUGGGCGUCGGGUAUAUGUUGAAAAGAAAAAGUUUUCUGGUUAUAGAGAGAAUAUUCCAAAUGGCGGAAAGAGAGGAGAUAAUCGUCAAGGACGCAAUGGCUAUUCAAGAAAUGUGCCCAGAAAUUUUUAA